ACUUAGAUCAACAGCCGGCAAGUUGUGCACUCAGUUAAAUAACCUAUCAUUGCAGAGCUCCAAGAAGGGGGUGAACAACAGCACCAAGUCCCUGGAGGAGACACUGCAUCUCUCCAGCAGGAACCUGAGGCUACACCACCUGCUCCUGUAGAGGAGGUCAUCCCCCCACCCCCCACACUCCCUGCCGACCCUUGGCAGGCAUUCAUCGACUACAUGGCGGCGACGGACGGGAAGCAAGAGACCCAGCCCAUGAUGGGCCAGGAGGGUCAGCUCAUCCAGAGGGGCAUGCACAAAGGAAAGGGCAUCGCUGUCUUAACCAGCGGCGGUGACUCCCAGGGCAUGAACGCUGCGGUGAGGGCAGUGGUGCGCAUGGGACUGUUCGUUGGUGCUCGGGUCUACUUCAUCAAGGAGGGCUACCAGGGCAUGGUGGACGGAGGGGACAACAUUGUGGAGGCCAACUGGUCUUCCGUCUCCGGCAUCAUCCACAAGGGUGGCACUGUGAUCGGCUCAGCACGCUGCAAGGACUUCCGAGAGCGUGAGGGGAGGAUGAAGGCUGCGAAGAACCUGAUCAAGCGCGGCAUCACUAACCUGGUGGUGAUUGGCGGCGACGGCUCCCUCACUGGCGCCAACCUCUUCAAGCAGGACUGGGCGGCUCUCCUGCAGCUGCUGGUCAAGAAUGGUGAGAUUACGGAGGAGGAGAGCAAGGCUAACUCCCACCUGAACAUCGUUGGCAUGGUGGGCUCCAUCGACAAUGACUUCUGCGGCACCGACAUGACCAUCGGCACUGACUCGGCCCUCCACCGCAUCAUCGAGGCCGUGGAUGCCAUCGCUGCCACCGCCUACUCCCACCAGCGCUGCUUUAUCCUUGAGGUCAUGGGACGCCACUGUGGGUAUCUGAGUUUGUCUGGUAGUAUUGCGUGUGAGGCAGACUUCAUGUUUAUCCCUGAGUUUCCACCUCCUCACGAUUGGCCAGAACAUAUCUGCAAAAAACUAAUAUCGGAACGGUCGAUGGGCCAGCGCCUGAACAUCAUCCUGGUGGCCGAGGGUGCCAUUGACCAGCAGGGAGAGCCCAUCACAGCCGAAGCAGUGAGGAAGGUCAUCGUGGAAAAUCUCGGCUUUGACACACGCAUCACCGUCUUGGGUCACGUCCAACGAGGUGGCUCACCCUCAGCCUUUGACCGCCUCCUGGGUUGCCGCAUGGGUGCCGAGUCGGUGCUGGCCCUGAUGGAGGCCACAUCGGAGACAGAGCCUUGUGUCAUCUCCCUGGACGGCAACCAGGCAGUGCGUGUUCCCCUCAUGGGCUGCGUCCUCAAGACACAGGCUGUUUCCAAGGCCAUGAAGGACCGUAACUGGGACGAUGCAGUACAGAUGCGAGGGAGGAGCUUCGCCCGCAACCUGGAGACCUACAAGAUGCUGACCCGCCUGAGGCCCCCCAAGGUCAUCGAGGGAGGGAAGUCUACAAUGAUCCGGCAAAACACUAUUUGGGACAGAGAUGAACUCUUGGGCGGCUUCAACCUGGGCGUGAUGCACAUCGGAGCUCCGGCAUGUGGCAUGAAUGCAGCUGUGCGCUCCUUCGUCAGGAACUGCAUCUACCGUGGCGACACUGUCUAUGGUGUCCAUGAUGGUAUUGACGGGCUGGUGGAGGGCAAUGUCCAGGAGAUGACAUGGGCGGAGGUGACAGGCUGGGUGGGUCAGGGCGGUGCAUUCCUCGGCACCAAACGCACACUGCCUGCUAAGCACUUUGAACAGAUUGCUGCCCGCCUCAGGGAGUACAAGCUGCACUCACUCCUCAUUGUGGGUGGGUUCGAGGCCUACCACGCCCUUCUCCAGAUGUACGAGGCACGUGGGAAGUACCCAGAGUUCUGCAUCCCAAUGGUGGUCAUCCCUGCCACCAUCAGCAACAAUGUGCCUGGCAGCGACUUCAGUCUUGGCUGUGACACUGCACUCAAUGAAAUCACCGAGAUAUGUGAUCGCAUCCGUCAGUCAGCUCAGGGCACCAAGAGGCGAGUGUUUGUGGUGGAAACAAUGGGUGGCUUCUGUGGCUACUUGGCAACACUGGCAGGACUGGCUGGUGGGGCUGACGCAGCAUACAUCUUUGAGGAACACUUUGGCAUCCAGGAGCUUCAGCUGGAUGUUUACCAUAUGGCGGCCAAGAUGGCAGAGGGUGUGCAGCGCGGGCUGGUGCUCAGGAAUGAGAACGCCAAUGAAAACUACACCACAGACUUUAUCUACCGCGUCUACUCAGAGGAGGGCAAGGGAAUCUUCAGCUGCAGGAAGAAUGUGCUUGGUCACAUGCAGCAGGGUGGCUCACCCUCCGUGUUUGACCGCAACAUGGGUACCAAGAUGGCUGCCAAGGCAGUCACAUGGCUAACAGACCAGAUGCUGGCCCACCGGCGGGAUGAUGGAACAGUAUUCUGCCAGGAGAGCUCCACUGCUGUGCUGCUUGGACUCCAGAAGCGCUCAUAUGUGUUCCAGCCAGUGUUUGACCUAAAGAAAAACACAGAUUGGGAUCGCCGCAUCCCUAAGGAGCAGUGGUGGCUCAAGCUGCGGCCACUCCUGCGUAUUCUGGCCAAGCACGAGGCUGCCUACCAUGAGGAGGGCAUCAACGUCAAGGAGGUGGAGGAGGCACUCGACUAAACCCCAUGCCAGCCACUCUCUGACUGGCCCCCUUUGUCCUGCUUGGGAGAUGUGUGGGUCAGAGAGGUCACCAGUGUCUCCUUUCCUCACCUGACCCCCUCCACACUAUAGAAAUACUUGCUUUUGUCUGCCAAGCCCACCCAUCAGAUUAUCCUGUGUUUUAUUGUAAGGGUAGUCGCUGAUGUUUUGCAUGGCCACUUAAGUUUCAACAGUCAUCUUGUUGAUUGUUGGAAAUGGUGCCUAAAACUUCAUCAGUGUAGUUUCAGUGUCGCUGAAUACUUUUGAGUCACCACAUUCACUGUUAAAAAUGUGUCACUGAAGCUUCUCAUGGUCACAAUUUACUCUGUUUUUAGAAAGAUAUUGAGGUAAAGUCAUGCGAGUCACCAUAUUCAUUGCUGAAAAAGUCACUCCAUAAACCUGCCAGAGGUCUCUGUAUCAGUAAAAAUUACUAUAUUUGCCAGUCUUGGGAAAAAAUCACGUCACCUGUUGUGUUCAUGAUUGUCAUCAAUAUCAUUAUGAAACUACUCACUCAUUGGUAGGUCAUCAGGAUGUAAGGAGUUGGGUUGGGUUCUUAAAUCAUGAGGGACGGAGUUAUUUUGUCAAUGUUCUUUGAGUCUCGUGCAUCCUAGCCUGGGCCUCAGGAAGUGUAUAUGCGUAUAUUAUGUUGUGAAAUAUGGUGCGAAUGCAUAAUGAGAGAUGCUGUUGAUGCUGCUGUUAAAAGUUUAUUUUUUGCAGCACAGUAAUUAAGUUCUUUACCUUAUUAAGUUCAGGGACUUGUACAGAAAAGGCAUCUCCCAUUAUGCGUAUUGGAUUUGACUAGUUAUUUAAAGUUUAAGAAAGACAUUAUAGAGGAGGAAAUGUGUAAGUCAUGAGGGUGAUUGGUUGUGAUCUGCCAAAAUGAGCAUUUUAAGCUGUGGUAUAAUGAGCUGUGGAAUGGAGUGGAUUAUCUUUAACAGGUGAAGAAUAGUUCAUAGAGAGCUGCAAGCAACAACAUAGACAGACCUUCCCUCUCCACAGCUGGGAGGGAGAGGGAGUGAGAGGUCAGCAAUGGUGAUAAAGACAGGGAGAGGGGGUGAGAGGUCAACAGUGGUGAUAAUGACAGUACUGAAGUGAGUUAUGUGCAGAUUUGGUGGGAUUCAGUUAGAAUGCUCUUAUUUAUAGUGUACAGGUUUCCUUUGCUGAUACUGAUGUACCUCUUGAGUGCAUCUCACUACCAGAAUCUAUAAGAAGCAAUUCAACCGACACUGCCUUCAUUUUGGUUAAGGAAAAUGUUUGAAAUGUCUCCUGAAGAGUUUAGUCCUGCCAUAUACAUUAACUCUUGCACCUCACUACUAGCUCUGAAAGUUGAACAUGAAGAUAUUUUAAAGGCCCUGUAAUAGUGGAUUUCUGAUAACUUGUUGAAUUUCUGUUGAUUGUCAGUCAUUAUUUGUGAGAAGCACUAGUUAUUCAUGUACUUUUGCUCCUGAAAAAAAUUGAAGCCUUGGAACAUAACUGGGUUUCUAAUAUUAUUUUUGUUGACAUUUUUUUCUCAUUUAUUAGUACGUUGAAAACAAUUGUCAUUCAUAUCAACGUUCAAAACAUUGUGUCAUCAGAAACACCUGCUGUAAUGGGGCCUCAGGUGACAUGCUGUUGUCAAUUUCUGCAUAUUACUUUGCAACAGAUGAUUAUAUACAGUAACCCUUGAUUUAAUGGACCCUGAUAUAGCAUAUUUCUGAUUUAAAGUUUUUACUGCCAAAUCAGUGCUGAACUACCUAUCACAUAUAUUGAAAAAUGAAUGUCUGUAAUACAUUAGGCCUGACACUGGAGCAAGAAAGAAGACAGUAAGAAUCCCAACUUUUACACCUUGGAAGAACACCUGAACCUUUUUUUUUUUUUUUUUUUUUAUAUAUAUAUAUCAGGGAACACCCAUCUACAGUUCUUUGAUAACGUGGUACCAGCAUGUUAAUAUAAGCAGCCGGCCUGCUCCUAGUUAUCAAAUUCGCAGUGGGCAAGGUGCAUUGCAGCCGUUCACCACAUAUCAAUUUAUCUUUACUCUAUACCUCUUUUUAUUUUAUAUUAUCAGUUCUACAUACUUUUGGUGUCAAGACACCCCUUCCCCCUAAUAGUCCAUUAAAGUGAGGUUUUACUGUAUUUUUUUUUUUUUUUUUUUCAGUGACUAUCAUGGACUGACCUGUGAUGUAAUAUCCCUAAUUAUUAGUUCUAUUGAUAUUACCCAUGAAGAAUAUUCUCAGAAUUACAUUAUAUAUGAUGCACUGUCAACCUGCAAUGUUAGACUAAGUAGGAACAAUUCUGUGCACCACACUGAGGGGCUGGCAUCUUGCUGCCAGUGCUAGGAAGGUACACACACGUAUGCUAGCUACUUGUGCCUGUUAUUUAUGAACAGUUUUUUUCUCUGAAUGCCAAAGUUUAUCAUGUUUUAUUAGAUGCGUAAGACACAUUAGCUCCACUGGUGGGAGCCUUAGGGACUAGUGAUGGUUAGUCAGCGUCUAGUCAGCUGUCGAGUCACACUAGAGAGUGUGUGUGUUCAGACCAGACAUACACUGUGAUUAUUGAUGUUAUUUUUAAGCAGCAUCCCUUCAUACUGUACAAUGCAACAACCAGGAACAGUGUAAACCCCAAACUGUUCUUAGGAGUAAUCAUAAUAUGCAGUUUUAAUUGGGGAAGUGGUUUAAAAGACUGUUUCUAAUCACACUGUAUGCACAUCCAAGUGAAUCACUUUUUGGUCUGGAUGUUUGCAUGUGGAUCACAGCAAACAAUGAAUGGGCAUUCAGAAUGUUUGAAAUAAGUCGUACAGAUUAUCCUGCAACAACGUGAGACAAAUUUUCUCUUUUUAUUGAUAAAUCUUUUUUGAUGAGAAGGGUUUAAUGUGCCAUAGUGCUUUUACAAGAAAGGAAAGGGAUCCAAGUAGCAUACAAUGUAAUCCUAAGUCAAACACCUGUAGCCAACACAUAUUACCUUGGUGAAGAGGUAGCUGUAUAAACCUAUUUAUUGAGGGCAGUGAUCAUACAAAAAUUAUUCUCUGGACACCACUAUGUAUGUCCCUAGUGUGUUGACAUAAGACAAAUAAUACAGUAUCUUUAAAGCA